AGUCAUCAGUCAGUUUAUUCGCUAACUUGAAAAAUAUCUCAAGAUGAAAUUCGUUAUUGUUUUCGCUGCCCUUUUCGCUGUCGCCUUGAGCGCUUCAGUUCCCCAGGACUCAGCUCACGCUGAAACCCUCCGUUAUGACAACGACAACAUCGGAGUCGAAGGAUUCAAAUACGCUGUUGAGACCAGCGAUGGUAAGUCCGCCAGCGAACAAGGAGUCUUGAAGAAUGUUGGUUCCGAAAACGAGGCUAUCUCCGUCCAAGGACAAUACAGCUACGUCGGACCCGAUGGUGUCACCUACCAAGUCACCUACAUCGCCGAUGAGAACGGUUUCCAACCACAAGGUGCUCAUUUGCCCGUUGCCCCAACUCUUUAAAUGACUCAAUCGUCGAAAUAAAUAUAGUGUGUCGGUGGAGAAGUUACUGAUUGAUCAUUUUUAUCGAUCAGUACUUCGCAACGAUUCGUUAAAUAAUUUAGUUUUAACUGUUAGAAGCAAUAAAAUGCGUUGAUCAAUGACUCUUAUAAAACUCACAA